AAAACAUUUUUAAAAUACUUUUAACAUAUUAUGAUAUCAUCCCUUUGAACCAAACUCCAAUAAUUUCAACACCACCUUAUAUGUAUCUUCUUUUUUUCAUCUUUUCAGCUAUCUAUCCAUAAUUUUGUUUUCACACCCAACAAUUUCCCUUUGACUAAAACUCAUAAUAUUAUUCAUCGCUAUAUGUUCUAAAUUAUCUAGAGAUUAAUUUAUGUCACCCACAUCAACUAAGUAUUUAUGAUCACCAUAAUUUGUUGCUAUUUUUUAUCUAUGUAUCUCCAAAGCUAUGAGUAAAGAUAGAAAAUUGGUUUGUAGACAGAUAUAGUCACUAAGUCGAGCAUCAUGCCAUCAAUCUAACUAUACCCAAUAAUCUUCCCUUCAAACUAAGUUCUACAAUAGUCAUCAUCUCGUGGGAUUCUUUGGUGAUUAAUUAACUACAUGUCACCCACAUCCGCCGCCGUUCCCUUUAACAUUAUCGCCAACAAUAGCUUCUUCAAGGGGAGGGAGGAAGAAGGAAAUGGAGAUAUGAAAGUGGGUUAUCUUUCAUGAGUUGAGACUUGAGUAAUGAAAAUGAUCGUGAGUGAUAAGUAUCUGGAUCGAAUCGCGGGUUAUCUUUCAUGAGUUGACACAUCGAAUCGCGAGUUAUCUUCCAUGAGUUUGAGACUUGGGUAUAAUGAAAAUGGUAGUGAGUGAUAAGGAUCUGGAUCGAACGGAUUUUGGUUCAGAUAUGUUUUUUUAAGUGGUAGAUUGGGUUUUACCUUUUAGAGUGUGCCACAUGUUUGUUCUGUCAAAUGAGGGAUAAAUUUAGAACUUUCACUAAUGGCAGCAGUAUAAAUAGUCAAAAGUAUAAGGGGGAGUAAAAUUAAACAAUUAUAUAGUCUAACAAUUCCACCUUAGAAAAUGAUCCCAUGCUUUGACUUCAUAAAAUAAAAUAAAAGUCUUUUAUCAUUUAGUGGUACUUCCUUUCUUCUCCGGUUUGAGCUUUGAUUUCUCUAGCAGAUAAAAAGAAAAUGGUUGUCACAGAUGAACAUAGCUAUGACAGAACAAGUGAAUUAAUAGCUUUUGAUAACACACGAGCUGGUGUCAAAGGUCUAGUUGAUGCAGGAGUUACAAAAGUCCCAAAAAUUUUCUACACCCCAGAAGAUGCAUAUACUAAGGCAUGUCCAAAUGAUCCUGAAAAAACCCAAUUAAAUAUUCCUGUUAUAGACUUAGAUGUCAUCAGUAAAGAUCCAGUUCAACGUAAGGAGAUCGUUGAAAAGAUCCGUGAUGCAUCGGAAGUGUGGGGUUUCUUUCAAGUGGUCAAUCAUGGAAUUCCUCAAAGUGUUUUGGAAGAAAUGUUGAAUGGUGUUAGGAGAUUCUAUGAGCAAGAUACUGAGGUCAAGAAACAAUGGUAUACGCGGAAUACCUCAAAAAGAGUGAUACAUAAUAGCAAUUUUGAUCUGUUUAGAGCUGCAUCAGCUAACUGGAGGGAUACUACUUAUUGCAGUAUGGCUCCAGAGCCUCCUUCUGCUGAUGAAUUGCCAGAGGCUUGUAGGGAUAUUCUUAUUGAGUAUGCGGAGCAACUGAAGAUAGUAGGUCGUUCUUUAUUCGAAUUACUCUCUGAAGCUCUUGGCCUCAACCCAAGCUAUCUGAAUGAAAUCGGUUGUUCAGAGGGGCUUGCUGUUUUGUACCAUUAUUACCCAGCAUGCCCUGAGCCAAAACUAACUCUUGGAGCUAGCAAGCAUUCAGAUAGUGACUUCCUCACAGUGCUGCUACAAGAUCAUAUAGGAGGACUUCAGGUUCUUCAUAAGAAUUACUGGAUUGAUGUUCCUCCUGUGUCUGGUGCACUAGUAGUAAAUGUUGGUGAACUUUUACAGCUCAUAUCAAAUGACAAGUUCAAGAGCAUGGCACAUAGAGUACUGGCAAAUCGUGUUGGUCCAAGAGUAUCAGUGGCCUGCUUCUUUACCACCGGUCACUCGUUAUCAUCAAGAGUUUAUGGGCCAAUUAAGGAGUUGUUAUCAGAAGAUAAUCCCGCAAGGUAUAGGGAAACUACUGUGAAGGACUAUGUAGUUCAUUAUGAUGCAACAGGUUUAGGAGGGAAAUCUGCUUUGACAGCUUUUAGGAUCUGAGCUUGGCAGUAAACAUCUGUCUGUCUGUAGAUGUUAGAUCCUACAAUCCGUUAAUAUGUAACUGUUGUGCCUGGAAAUAAAACAUAUAAGGGUGUCUACUGUAACUUUGAUUUGUAUUCUACACUUUUGGAUUCACAUUUU